AUAAAAUGGCGGCAGGCGCCGCUGCCCUGAAUUGGAGGCGCGUUUCUUCUUUCACGGGGCCGGUCCCCCGAUCCCGCCAUGGCCAUCGCGCCGUGGCGAUCCGCGAGCUGGUCAUCAUCUUCGGGGGCGGCAACGAAGGCAUCGCCGAUGAGCUGCAUGUAUACAAUACCGCCACAAACCAAUGGUUCCUUCCUGCUGUCAGAGGAGAUAUUCCACCAGGGUGUGCAGCCCAUGGAUUUGUCUGUGAUGGUACCAGAAUAUUAGUGUUUGGAGGAAUGGUUGAAUAUGGAAGAUAUAGUAAUGAUUUGUAUGAACUGCAGGCAAGUCGAUGGCUGUGGAAGAAAAUGAGACCCCAGCCCCCUUCAGCAGGUUUGCCUCCAUGCCCUCGCCUUGGCCAUAGCUUCUGUCUAUAUGGCAACAAGUGUUACUUAUUUGGUGGACUGGCAAAUGAGAGUGAAGACUCAAACAAUAACAUUCCAAGAUAUUUAAACGAUUUCUAUGAAUUGGAGCUACAGCAUGGAUCAGGAGUCAUAGGCUGGAGCGUUCCAUUGACCAGGGGAGUUUUGCCGUCUCCCAGAGAAUCCCACACAGCUGUUAUAUACUGUAAAAAAGACUUGGGAAAUCCAAAAAUGUUUAUGUUUGGAGGAAUGUCUGGUUGCCGGCUGAAUGACCUUUGGGAGCUUGAUAUAGAGACAAUGACUUGGUCGAAACCAGAAACUAAAGGGACAGUGCCACUUCCCCGUAGUCUCCAUACAGCCAGUGUAAUAGGAAACAAAAUGUACAUUUUUGGUGGAUGGAUCCCACAGAGUACAGAUGAGAGCCUCCCUGCUCAAGAUGGGGAGUGGAAAUGUACUGGUUCAUUUUCAUACUUAAAUUUAGAUACUUUAGAAUGGAUAAAUCUAAUCCCAGAUUGUCAAGAAGACAAAAACAAUGUGUUACCAGGUCCAAGAGCUGGCCACUGCACAGUCAUUGUUGGCUCUCGCUUGUAUAUAUGGAGUGGCAGAGACGGCUACAGGAAAGCUUGGAACAAUCAAGUUUGCUGCAAAGAUCUUUGGUAUCUAGAUACAGAGAAACCACCAGCACCAUCGCAGGUACAGUUGAUCAGAGCUACAACUAAUUCAUUUCAAGUUAAAUGGGACGAAGUUCCUACUGUUGAAGGAUACCUUCUUCAACUACAUUUAGAUGUGCCCACACCGGUUGCAACUGACGUAUCCUUUACGGUGACACCUGAGCCACAGUCAUCCUGUGUGCAAGGAACUAAACUGGAUCUCCACCCCAAAACUCUCAGUGCCUCAAGCAAUGUGCAAAUUUCCAUUUCAGAGGCUAAGGCCAAGAUUCCAGAAACUGAAAAUACGAAGAAAAACCAUUCCGUUUCCAAAGAGUCCAAUGUCCCUUUAUGUUUGCCUGCUAGCACUUUAGUUAAAGAGUCUCCAGUGCCCUCCACUAGAGCCACAGUUGUUAACCCUCUUGAUUCAGCUGUUCAAUCGCCUAAAACUUCACCACCAAAGCAGAAUUCAAGAGUGAGGACACAAGAACGAAAGUGGAAUGAUGUUGGGAUUUUUCAAAGCAACACGGCAUUAGUGAGCCAGUUUUAUUUGCUGCAAGAAGAAAAGAUUUUUUCCAGCAAGAAGGGAGACAAUACAGAUAUUCCAAAUGCCAGUUUAUUUAAGAAACAGGAUCUCGCUCCUGGCACUUUAUACAGGUUCAGGGUUGCUGCAAUUAAUGGAUGCGGUGUAGGGCCUUUCAGCAAAAUCAGUGAAUUUAAGACUUGCAUCCCUGGAUUUCCCGGAGCACCUUCAAUUGUCAAAAUUAGCAAGAGUGCAGACUGUAUUCAUCUUUCAUGGGAGCCUCCAGUUUCCCCUUCGGGAAAUAUCUUGGAAUAUUCCGCUUAUUUGGCAAUAAGAACCACUCAGCUUCAUGAAAAUCCUAAUCAACUGAUGUUCAUGAAAAUCUAUUGUGGCCUUAAGACCUCAUGUACAGUGACUGCUGCCCAACUUGCAAAUGCUCACGUUGAUCAUACAUCCAAGCCGGCCAUUGUGUUCAGGAUUUCGGCCAAGAAUGAGAGGGGAUAUGGACCUGCCACACAGGUUCGAUGGCUCCAAGAAAUGAAAACAUCAAGUUCAAAGUAGAAGCAGGACAUUACACUGUGGAUUAUGAAUUGGCAGUUAGUACUCUUGAAGUUUUACGAAUCUUCCAAAUAUUUCAUUUUAUGCCAGCUUGAGAUCAGCGUGGUACAGUCUUGAAAAACUGGGCCUAUAGUGAUCAUAUUUUUGGGUAGUACUUUAUCCAGCAUGGUCACUGGCUACUAUACAGAAGAUUAUAUAAUCAUUUGAAUUUUUGGAGAGUCUUCCUUACAUCUCCUAACACAGAGAUCCCCAAUUGUGUUAGCUUCCAACACAUAGGAAAGGGCCAUAGCUCAAUGACUGAGCAUGUGCCUUGCAUGUGAAUGGUGCCAAGGGAAAAUCUCUGGCUAGUCCAGCUGGGGUUGGGAAAGGCCCUGUCUGAAAGCUCAGAGAAUUGCUCCUGAUAAAUGUAGACAAUCUUGAGUUAGAUUAUGGUUUGAAUAAGGCUCUUUGUGUUCCUAAACAUAGAUGCUCAAUUACUGCUUAAAUUUCAUUCAAUUUAAAAAAGCAAUGUGAUGUGUUAUGAAAAUUGCUUAAAGAGAAAACUACCAGAGGAGGAGCAAGAAUAAUGUGUUACCUUAUUGGUGAGAUGGGAGGCAUAUAAACUACAUAAAUACUAAUUUCUCUUUAAAUUAUUUUCAGGACAGAUUUAUAAAUGUUUAAAAUAGAACUCAGAGGUUUGCUUGGGGAGCCAAUAAGCGAGUCCCCGAAAACUUUGCUUGUGUUCAGAUCCUCAUGGAUGAUGGUCUGUAAAACUAUUGUAGAAUGAGCUGUUUGAAGACUGCCGUAAAUAUAUAGCAUCAGAGCUGCUGGAAGUGAAUUAUUUGGUUUUCAACAGCAUAACAAUGGCCUUUUAAAAUCAUUAAUACUGGUUAAUUGAGUCACCUUUUUACAAUAGUAACAAUUUCAGAGAAAAGUUAUUUGUCUUAGGCUUUUAUUCAUUCAUUUUUGUGGCAUAGGGCUGCUUUUGAUGUACAGCUUUAUUCAUGGGUAUGAGUCUCAUCAACCUUAUCAAAAAAAAAAAAAGGAAACAAGGCAAUAUGUAUCCUUGUUAAACAAGAGUUGUUUCCCUGCCUAAUUACAUGUUUUCAAAAGUAUUUGUGGGAGUGGCCUGGAGAGAAUGAAAGCCAUCAUAUAAAAAUUAUCUCUUUAGAAUGAAUUAUAGUUUUGUGCUGAGACAGCAUACAGCUGUGUGCCUUUGUCCAGUGAGAGGUUAAAAGACUCUUGAGUUAACAUGAUGGCCAGCCUAAGCAUGAAAAACAACAAGCAGGGGCUAUAUUCAGUUACUGUUGUGGACACCACAAUCAAUUCAUUACAUUAGUUAAUUUAAAAAUGAGUUGUGGAGAAUCUACAGGCCCGCACAGCUCUGUCACCCCUAUUUCUAUAGCAUUAAGAUACAGUGCUUACCAAAAUUCAGCAUUGUUAAUUUUUGAUAGUACAGUUUUUUCUGGUUUUAAUAAAGAUAAGGGCUAGAACUAGUGCUUUAACGCCUUCUUACCAGCUGCCUGAGAAGCAAAUUGAAAAUGUCUCCAUUAAUUCUCUGGCAGGUUCACUGUCAAGAUUCCUUUCUUCUAGUAUCCACAUAAAAAAAUGCAAGCCAGACUGCAAAACACUGGCCUGUGCAAUGGGUAUAAAUCCCAUUGAGCUGAGUAGAGCUUAUUUCUACACAGUUUUGCAUAAAGAAUUUUUUUUAAUGAUACCCAUAAUGCAUAGGCUAACAACCUAAUUUUGGAAUGAAGGCAAAUCUGAUGUGAUGCCAUAGGUCAGUACAGGUCUUCCAGCAAACUCUGACCAUUUGGCUUAAUAACAAUUAUAUUGUUAUGACAUUAUAAGGUAGAACCCAAAAGAUAAACAUCAAAUGCAGUCCCCAAAGUAUGACAAAUCACAAGUGAGUAGAUUAUGCUCCUGUUCCACCUGAAUUUCAUAUAUAUGCAGAUUUGUUCUCCUCUGGCUUAUAUUUUGUAUCCAUGUUUAGUGUAACAAAGAUACUUUUGUUUACAGUAACUUAAAAUGUAUAGAAUAUUUUAAUAUAUUCAUUUUUGUAAAGAUUUUUCUAGUGUUUACAAACACAUAUUUUAAUCUUUGAGACUAUCCUAAUAUGCAAAUUGCUGAACUAGUUACUUCUGUUAUGAAAAGCAAAUUCUGUGUAAAUGCACUACUAUUAAUUUCUCAUGGGCAUAGAAAUGUUAAAAUCUGUAGAAAGUUUGAACAUGUACAAAAGUACUCCAUCAUGAAUGCAUCACAUACCCACAAAAAAAAGAAGAAGAAGAAAGGGAAAGAAUCCUACGCUUUUUUUUUGGCAUAAUCAUGCUAUUUUGCACUAGUAAGAAUUGUAUCAUUUUUGUGUUGGUUCCAGAAACUAUCUGUAUUGGUCUAAAUUUAAAGCAGAUUUGCACACCUUUGCAUUGCUUUUCUGACACACAUUUUUCAUGACUUUCCUCAAAGGCUUGGGAUUUUAUUUUGCUAAUUGCCUUAGUUUCCUAUCAUAACAUUGGACUUCUGUAACAUUUUUAUCUUAAUCAUGUUAUGACUAAUGUGCCAGCUGCUUCAUUUCCCUUAACAGUUUUUCUACAUGAGACAGCAAAAUAGUGCAAGUGCAUCAAAAAGUAAUAAUCAGAAUGCUAGUGGGCACUUUUUAUCUACCACCUUAUGUAGCAAAAAUGUGUAUGAAGCACUUAUUAGGAAUGUUAAUCUGUUCCU